AUGGCGUCACAACAAUUCGAAUACUGGCAUUCGCCACGAGACAGCUACUCGCAACAUUCGCAGCCGACCUACUACGAGUACGCAACACCGGAUCUUGCUAGCAUACCUAGCCUCAGCGCCUCGCCAACCUCAACGGCAACGUUCGACGCAGCUGGCACACCGACCCCUGUCCCGCAGCAGUCCCAGCAAAUGCAGCACCACCAGACCCUCUCCUACCACCAGCACAAUACUCAGGCCCAGCCGCCUCACGCAUCAACCUAUCACAGCGCCUUUUCCUACGCCACCACCGGCCUUCCCGUCACCCCGACCGAGUUUGGCUCGGCCGACGACGCUGCCGCUGCUAUCACCGCUGCGGGACCGGCUGCGGGAGGUCUGCCUAGCCCUCCGUACGUGUGUUCCCCACAGCAGAACCACACAGAUUUGGGGGCAUAUGCCGCCGGUGCGCUCGAAACCGGCGUGAGCUCCGCCGCGACGACGACGACUUUCCCUUUGCAGAUUGUCAACGAGCAAGGCUUCGGGCACGGGCGCAUGCCACCGGCCAGGAGCGCCAGCAACGGGAGCACGUGGAGCGUUGGAAGCGGCAGCAGGAGUAUCGGCGGUGGUAGCGGCAACGGGGGUGGCGGCGGAGCGGCGACAGCGAACGUCGAGAGGACGCAUGUGACGAGCGGUCGGGCCUUCCGCGAGCGCAAGGAGAAGCAUGCUAAAGAUCUCGAGGCCCAGCUAGCCGUGCUGAGCGACAGGUACGGCAAGCUCGAGCAGUCGCACGCCGAGCUCAACACGGCGUACGAGCGGCUCCGACGGACAUUGGAGCUCUUGACGGCACCGACAUCCUCGUCUUCGCCCUCUUGCUCCUCGGAGAUGUCGCCGCCAGCCUCGUCAGGCGCCGGCGAGGAUGCCGACGCUGAUGGCGAGUUCGAGGCCGAGGGGUUCCUGCUGGACGGCGUCGCCGGCAACGAGAUGGUCGAUGUGGAGGCGUUGACGAGGGGCUUGCGGCGGCGAGGCGAGUGGCUGGGAGAUAACGGCCAAAAAGAGGUCGUGCGGCGGUUGGUGGAAAUCUUGCAUGCGCCACCGCCGCAGCCGCCGCCACCACCAUCACGUUCGUCGACCGUUGGCUUUGGAGUGAAGAAAGCGCCGGUGGACGGGGACGACCACGCGGGUAGAAGGAGGGGUGUGAAGUGCGAGAGUUGA